UUAACUAUCAGCGUAGAUUGUUCUUUGUGUACGGUUUUCUUCCAGUUUGAACUCAUAAAAUACGAUGAGUUAAAUUACAAAUCAUAUACACUGUGUGCAAGUAAAAAUGGAAGCGAGGGGAUUAGAUGAGGAGUUCAGAAAUGUUUACCCGUCUGCCUUCCCGGCGCACUCAAGUCGGUCUGCGUCAGAAACUCCGAUGUUCCCUGCAGCGGAGCGACCGACUUCGAUAAGCUCUGAGUCUCUCACUUCUUACGUUUCUUUUCCAGCCAACAUUGGCACUAGUUCCUCAGUCACGUUUGGAUGUCGUUUCGGAAACGGUUGUUAUGGUUGCAAAGUUCCACAGAUUGCCGUGUUUCCGUCUAGUGUUGUAAAACAAAAUCCGAAUGGACAGUCUGCCAAUAAACCCGUGGACUAUGGUGAUUCCUGGUUUAAGGAUUUCGCUUUUUACCAAAGUUACACAGGUUCCUACCCAAGAAUCCCUCAUGCCUAUAUUGAUUUACCUGUAGUUCAUAGAGCACUGACCGGAGAUUCCAGACAUGAGACUUGUUUGACAAUGGAAGGCCACCAGCCAUGGAACUGGUCAAACAAUUGCAGCGGUCAACUUUAUUGCUCCAAAGACCAGACGCAGAGCCCGCAUAUCUGGAAACCAUCAUUAACAGAGGGAACAGCGGUUUCAUUCUGUCAGCGCGGAAGAAAGAAACGGGUUCCUUACACAAAAUUGCAACUGAAAGAGCUCGAGCGGGAAUACAACAACACUAAGUUUAUUACAAAGGAGAAGAGACGGCGGAUCGCUUUUUCUACAAACCUGUCUGAGAGACAAGUAACUAUAUGGUUUCAAAACCGUCGUGUCAAGGAUAAGAAGAGACCUGAAGUCUGCAAAGAAUUUGAGUCAUUUUAAAUAUUCAAUACAAAUGCUUUCUUGAGUCAUGGCUUUAUAUUAUUUAUGUCUUGUUUAAAUAUUUGGAUGUGCUCAGUCUUACUUCCAUAUACCGUACUUUAUUUGCUGAAAGAAUGCUGAGAUGUUCACAAUUUUUCAGUUGCUAUAUUUAAUUUCUACGCUAUAUGCACUGAUGUUCCUUUUCAUUCAAAACGUUGUUUUACUUUUCGUUUUAUGUGAGUGCUGUACCAUAGUUGUGUAUAGUACCACAGUUUUGUGGACAAAAUCGGGUAUGUAACAUUGACGUAAAUAAUUUGAAAAGCAGUAGUUUCAUGCGUAAUGUUUAAGAGAUAGGAACAACUAAAAAAUAAUGUUUUAAACCGUAAGACCGUAGUUCCCCCAAAACACCAAGUGUUAAUAGCGCCAAAGUUGCAGUCUUUCAAUUAUUCUGUAUUAAUCAGAGAGUUGUUCAUGUAUUUUUUUUUAAAUUAUUGUCACUGCAAAUAAAAAAUUAUUGUAUGACACUAGUAGACCUAUAAUUUUAUGUAGCCCUACUUUGAGAAACAGAACUAAUGUAUUUCAGUAGAGUACUGAUAUUCAUAAUAGUAUGGAUUUCCCAACUGCUGAGAGGCUACAACGGUCUGUAAAUGUAGUUUGUACAUGAAUACGUGGGAACUCAUAGGCUACUGGUAAAAUGUAAGCUAUGACUCGUAAGCCUACUUCAAUGUAAACGCAUGAUCAUUGCGUGAAGGUUAGAAUAUCAUUUAAGUGCGAUAUCCUAUUAUUUUGAUGAA